GACGCAGAGCUCAAAAUGGGCGUGUGGUAUCUAACAAUUCAUGUCCGUGGUUCUGCCCCCUGGCGGAAGUAUUUGGGAGCAGCCAAGAACUUUAUUUCCCAUAAGGAACUUCGGUGUUUCGCUCCGCAUGUGGUGCACGGCUCCUUCCUCCGCCUUAUCAUCAUGUCGGUGUUCAUGGACUUAAACUUGACUUUCUCGCCAGAUAAAAACAACAUGGAACAACUCAUCGACACGGCAGCUCAUCUUGGUUUCUCCACAGUAGCUGUCAACUACACGUUUGAACCUGCUACCAAAAAGAAACAGGCGAUUCCGGCACCAAAGCCGAUAGAUGAGCUCAUCGCUCAGCUGCCCAUCGUCCAGGGUCGCUCUCGACCAAUCAGAGUGCUCAACAGACUGACGCUGGUGAUGUCAGAGCUGAGUCAUUUUAGGCCGAAUCCUACAGAGUAUGCUGGGUAUGACCUGCUGGCAGUCCAACCAACGACAGAAAAACUUUUUCAUGUGAGAUAUGUACACACACAGACACACACUAAAAAUACACACACUGACACUUGUGAGUUGUGUUUGGGUUUGUUGAAGGCAGCGUGCACGCAGUUGGACGUGGACGUCAUCAGCGUGUCAGUGACGGAGAAACUUCCUUUCUUCUUCAAGAGAGCGCCAGUCAACGUGGCUGUGGCGAGGGGUUUGGUGUUUGAAGUUUCGUACGCCUCAGCCAUCCGAGACGCCACCAUGAGGCGCUAUACCAUUGCAAACGCUGUUAGUCUGAUGCAGGCCUGCAAAGGGAAGAACGUGCUGCUGUCCAGUGCGGCGGCGAAGCCUCUGGAGCUGCGAGGACCUUAUGACAUCAUCAACUUAUGCUCGUUGAUCGGUCUGUCCGACUUGGACGCUAAGCGCUCCGUUUCCUGCGUGUGUCGCUCGCUUUUGUUGCACGCUGAAACCAGGAAGACAGCGAGCGGCGCCAUUUUCACCCAAAAGAGCUGCAGCGCCUCCCCUCGUGGCGCUGGCGAAGGCAGCGCGCGCAGAGGUGACGGUCCCACUGCCAAGCGACUCAAAAGUCAGCUGACGGACGAGUCCCGGAUAUAAGCCCCACCCUCUGCUGCUACGACGGCCGCUAGCAGGAUGCUAAACUGACAAUGUUUUAUAUUUUGAUUGCAGCAGAUUAAAAGUUAAUGUUCAUGCCAGUAUGGCUUCAGAAUAAAAGUCCUACUUGAUUUCA